CGUAUGUUACUCAGCCUUUCGCAUCCGGAACAGUGUGCUGAGAAGACCUCUGGCCUCUAACGCUCCUUGACUUUAUAGCAAAGGACACGUUUCGUGCAAAAUGGACCCAGAAAGCAUGAAGGAAGAUCUGCGCAUGUUCCAGAGCACUCUCCUGCAGGAAGGCCUGAAGGACCUACUACACCAGAACAGGCUGGUGGAUUGUACUCUUAAAAUAGGAGACCGCAGCUUACCAUGCCACAGAGUUAUCAUGGCUGCCUGCAGCCCCUAUUUCCGUGACCUUUUCUUCACGGAGGAUGGCAAAGAACUGGAGAGCAACAAGGAAGUAGUUAUUGAGGACAUGGACCCAACAAUCAUGGACGUAAUUAUUAACUACCUCUAUUCAGCAGAGUUGGAACUCACGGAUGACAACGUGCAGGACAUUUUUGCUGUGGCAAGCCGCUUCCAGAUUCCCUCUGUGUUCACAGCAUGUGUGAAUUACUUGCAGAGGAAGCUGUCCCUGGCUAACUGUCUGGCCAUCUUCAGACUGGGCCUGGUCACCAGCUGCCCUCGACUGGCGAUGGCUGCCCGAGACUACAUCGCAGACCGUUUCGAGAUCGUCGCUAAGGACGAGGAAUUCCUCCAGCUGGCGCCCCAUGAGCUCUUUGCGAUCAUCGGUGGAGAUGUUCUGAACGUUGAGAAAGAGGAGGUGGUGUUCGAGGCGCUGAUGAGGUGGGUGAGGAGCAAGAGGGAGACACGGGCCAAAACCUUGAACGACGCCUUCGAACACAUCCGCUUCCGACUCCUGCCGGAAAAGUAUUUCAGCGAGAAAGUGGAGAAGGAUGACAUCAUUAAGGCAGACGCGGAACUUUUGAAGAAAAUCCAGGUCAUCAAAGAUGCCUUUGCCGGGAAACUUCCUGAGAAUGAAAAAAAGGGAGAGUCUGCGGAGGGGACGGAGAAUGGGGAAGGGGAACAGCAGGACAGCAAGCUGCCAGGCUACCUGAAUGACGUCCGCAGGGUCGGCAUGUACGUCCGGGACCUGAUCCUGAUGAUCAACGACACAGCCGCCGUGGCGUAUGACGCCAAUGAGAAUGAGUGCUUCCUGGCCAGCAUGGCGGAGCAGAUACCACGCAACCAUGUCAGUUUCACCACCAAGAACAACCAGCUCUAUGUCAUUGGGGGCCUGUUUGUGGAUGAGGAGAACAAGGAUGUUCCCCUGCAGUGCUACUUCUACCAGUUGGACAGUCUGAGUACUGAAUGGAUUCCCCUUCCUGCAAUGCCAUCUCCCCGAUGUCUGUUCGGCAUAGGAGAGUGUGGAGCCCUCCUUUUCGCUGUGGCCGGGAGAGACCUCCAGACCAACGAUGCUCUCGACUCAGUGAUGUGUUACGAUAUCGAGAAAAUGAAGUGGCAUGCAUCCAAGAGGUUGCCAUUAUGCAUCUUUGGCCACGCUGUGGUGUCCUACAAUGACCUGGUAUACUGCAUUGGAGGACAGACUGAAGAUAGCAAAUUCAUCAACAAGAUGUUCGUUUACAACCACAAGAAGUCAGAAUGGAGUGAGGUGGCUGGUAUGAAAACGGCAAGAGCGAUGUUUGGAGCUGUCUUGCACAAAGGAAAAAUCAUAGUUACUGGAGGAGCCAAUGAAGAAGGUCUUUUAGCUUCAUCCGAAAUCUAUGACUUUGGAACCAACAAAUGGGAAACCUUCACAGAGUUCCCACAGGAAAGGAGCUCCGUCAAUCUAGUGAGCAACGCAGGGAGUCUGUAUGCAGUGGGGGGGUUCACCAUGGUUGAGGGCGAGAACAAAGAGUGCACCCCCACAGAAGUCACCGACGUCUGGCAGUAUGAUGAAGAAAAGAAAGAGUGGGGUGGGAUGCUGCAGGAAAUGCGCUACGCCUCCAGAUCAUCCUGCGUGUCCAUGCGCCUGAACGUGGCCAGGAUGCCCCAGCUAUAAUCCAAAUUAACUGUGGGCAAUUAUUCCGUUGUAUUCCGGUUUCAACUGUCGGCUAAUUAUCUAACAUAAUCGGUAUGUGCGUACUUUUUGGAUACAAUAAAUAUUUGUUACCUGUG